UUCCACAUUCUAAGAACUGACCUGUGUUAUAUUCAGAACCUUUCAAAAAACAAUGGCCAGACUGUUUCAAGCACCACCGAAGUUUCAUCCUUCCGAAUGGCAUGUCGCAAACAAGAUGCAGUGUGCCAGUACAGAGUCUCAGAAAUCCAGUUCAGAGCGCAUGAUAGCUGAGAGUCAGAGGCUGGUGGAUGACAUAGAAAAGACAACUCAGAAAACCCAAAGUGAUGUCAACAAGAAAAUAGAACAGAGACUGGAAGAAAUAAAAUUCUGGAGGCAAGAAUUAGAUAACAAACUUGAACAAAUUGUUAAUGAGACAGAGGUACUGUUGACUUUCAAGAUCAGGCUGGAGAAAGCUUUGGAGAGCUGCAAAGAGCCACUUGUCAUUGCCCAGAAGUGUCUCCUGAACAGGCAGAGGCGAGUUGGGAUUGACUUGGUGCAUGAUGAAGUGGAACAGGAACUGGACAAAGAAGUUGAAGUCUUACAGGGGGUUAUUGCUUUGCUUGAACGUACAUUGGAACAAACCAAUGAGCAAAUCAGACUAAACCGUUCUGCAAAAUACAACCUGGAAAUGGAUCUGAAGGAUAAAUUCACAGCUUUGAUGAUUGACAAUUACUGUGCUAGCCUGACAAACAACACUCCUGAUGUCAGAUAUGCUGAUAAUACAGUGAAAAUAGAAGGAAAUUUUAUUAGCCCUGAAGACUGGAUAGAUUUCUCAAACAUAAAUGUUGAAAAGGCUGACAAGCAGAGAAACAACUCACUGUCACUAAGGGCACUGAUUGACAGCAUCCUUUCCCAGACAGUGAAUGACAUGCACAAGCAGUAUGAGAUGGUCAAUGUUGCUUUUAGAAACAGGGUGAAGGAAGUCAGAGAUGCCAAGCACAAGCUAGAAAUACUCCUUGCAUUGGUGAUGGAUGAGACUGCCUUACAGGAGAAGAACAUUGCAGCCUUAAAGAAAGCAAUUGCUGAUAAAGAAGGACCUGUUAAAGUGGCUCAAACUCGCUUGGAAGCAAGAAACCAUCGUCCCAAUGUGGAAUUAUGUUAUGACACAGUACAAUACAAGUUGAUUAGUGAAGUUCAAGAGAUUACAAACAAUAUUCAAAGAUUAAAGGAUACAUUGGCACAGGCUGAGACAGAGCUGAAAGGUCUGAGCCGACGACAGCUUUCCUUGGAGGAGGAGAUCCAAGUCAAGGCAAAUACAUUAUACAUUGAUGAAGUGCUCUGCAUGCAGAUGAGAGAGUCUGUUUCCAUUAACAACUUUUGAAGUCAUCUUCCUGAACAACUCCUGGUGAGACUUUUUAUUGACAAACCUCCAGAUUUACUGGUUUGUCCUAAUGCCAUCUUCUCAUUCUAGAUGUAUGAAGUAAUUAAAACAGACCUAGUAUUUACAGCUACUUCUAUGCUCUAGAAUGCCUGAUGAAAUCUCCCACUUGGCAAUAAAGUUCCAGAA